AUGAUUCUAUCUUCUCCAAAUAUCAGUCUGACCUCUCCAAAAUACUGUAUUGAUGAUUCUGUCUUCUUCAACUAUCGGUAUGAUUUCAUUCUGACCCCUCCAAAAUAUUGUAUUGAUGAUUCUGUCUUCUCCAACUAUCGGUAUGAUUUCAUUCUGACCUCUCCAAAAUACUGUAUUGAUGUUUCUGUCUUCUUCAACUAUCGGUAUGAUUUCAUUCUGACCUCUCCAAAAUACUGUAUUGAUGAUUCUGUCUUCUUCAACUAUAGGUAUGAUUUCAUUCUGACCUCUCCAAAAUACUGUAUUGAUGUUUCUGUCUUCUUCAACUAUCGGUAUGAUUUCAUUCUGACCUCUCCAAAAUAUUGUAUUGAUGUUUCUGUCUUCUUCAACUAUCAGUAUGAUUUCAUUCUGACCCCUCCAAAAUAUUGUAUUGAUGAUUCUAUCUUCUCCAACUAUCGGUAUGAUUUCAUUCUGACCUCUCCAAAAUACUGUAUUGAUGUUUCUGUCUUCUUCAACUAUCGGUAUGAUUUCAUUCUGACCUCUCCAAAAUAUUGUAUUGAUGUUUCUGUCUUCUUCAACUAUCAGUAUGAUUUCAUUCUGACCCCUCCAAAAUAUUGUAUUGAUGAUUCUGUCUUCUCCAACUAUCGGUAUGAUUUCAUUCUGACCUCUCCAAAAUACUGUAUUGAUGUUUCUGUCUUCUUCAACUAUCAGUAUGAUUUCAUUCUGACCCCUCCAAAAUAUUGUAUUGAUGAUUCUGUCUUCUCCAAAUAUCGGUAUGAUUUCAUUCUGACCUCUCCAAAAUACUGUAUUGAUGUUUCUGUCUUCUUCAACUAUCGGUAUGAUUUCAUUCUGACCCCUCCAAAAUAUUGUAUUGAUGAUUCUAUCUUCUCCAAAUAUCGGUAUGAUUUCAUUCUGACCUCUCCAAAAUACUGUAUUGAUGUUUCUGUCUUCUUCAACUAUCGGUAUGAUUUCAUUCUGACCUCUCCAAAAUACUGUAUUGAUGAUUCUGUCUUCUUCAACUAUAGGUAUGAUUUCAUUCUGACCUCUCCAAAAUACUGUAUUGAUGAUUCUGUCUUCUCCAAAUAUCGGUAUGAUUUCAUUCUGACCUCUCCAAAAUACUGUAUUGAUGAUUCUGUCUUCUUCAACUAUCGGUAUGAUUUCAUUCUGACCUCUCCAAAAUACUGUAUUGAUGUUUCUGUCUUCUUCAACUAUCGGUAUGAUUUCAUUCUGACCUCUCCAAAAUAUUGUAUUGAUGAUUCUGUCUUCUCCAAAUAUCGGUAUGAUUUCAUUCUGACCUCUCCAAAAUACUGUAUUGAUGAUUCUGUCUUCUUCAACUAUCGGUAUGAUUUCAUUCUGCCCCCUCCAAAAUAUUGUAUUGAUGAUUCUGUCUUCUCCAAAUAUCGGUAUGAUUUCAUUCUGACCCCUCCAAAAUAUUGUAUUGAUGAUUCUGUCUUCUCCAAAUAUCGGUAUGAUUUCAUUCUGACCUCUCCAAAAUACUGUAUUGAUGAUUCUGUCUUCUUCAACUAUCGGUAUGAUUUCAUUCUGCCCCUCCCAAAAUAUUGUAUUGAUGAUUCUGUCUUCUCCAAAUAUCGGUAUGAUUUCAUUCUGACCUCUCCAAAAUAUUGUAUUGAUGAUUCUGUCUUCUCCAAAUAUCGGUAUGAUUUCAUUCUGACCUCUCCAAAAUACUGUAUUGAUGAUUCUGUCUUCUUCAACUAUCGGUAUGAUUUCAUUCUGCCCCCUCCAAAAUAUUGUAUUGAUGAUUCUGUCUUCUCCAAAUAUCGGUAUGAUUUCAUUCUGACCCUCAAAAUAUUGUAUUGA